UUAAAUACAUUAAAUAUAAAUUUUAAUAAAAGAGUAAAGUGUAUGUAACCUUACAUAAUAUUUAUGAAAUUUGAUGGUUUCUCAUUACAAGUAUAAUUUACACCACGUAUAAUUUGCCUUUUUUAACUAUAUAUUAAUCUUCAAAGCUAUGUUAAUACUACAAAUCAUCAAUAUACGGAAAAACAAAGUGACAGCAUCGUGGAAUCUUCAAGUAAAGAAGAGUGGAUGUGAUUAAUAAACAUAGGAGUGGAGUUGAGGAAGUAGUAGUUCCAUUAACGGUAAUGAGUAAGAAAUUACAAAAAGACAACAUUACCACAGAUGAAGUCAUGAAAAGCAUUAACGACCACAGAAAGGUACAACGAAAAGAAAUCAAGAAAGUUCCUUAUAAGAAGUUCGAAUCACCACCAUUGUCUUCUCCAUUAAAUCAAAGGAAGGCUAUUGUGGAUUCAAAGUAUGAGGAACUAAGGGAGAUUUUUGAAAAGUGUGGAGAAGAGAUGGAGUGGGAGAAAAUAGAAAGAGUUUUGAAAAUAUUAUGCAGGCAAAAGAAAUUUAUAACCUCUUCAAUUUAAGAGUCAUUCAGGCGGCGGAGUCACAUGAUGUGAUA